ACCUCAAACUGUUUGAGAUGGACUUCCUCCUUAUAAAGGAAAGAGCCCAGCAGGAGAGAUCUAGCUCCACUGACAGUUCCCAGGUCCCAGCUCCCAGCUGCCUAACUACUGAGCAGCCCCCUGAAGAGAAGGAGCCCACCAGCCCAGAGCAGGUCCAGGACCCCCAGCUGAACCGCACCAUCACCGAACUGAAGGUGAAAUUCACAGAGCUGGAGAGAGAACUUGUACAACUGAGAGAGCUGAUCAGCCAACAGCCAUGCCAGCCCACCACAGCUCAGCCUGAUCCCUGUACCAUCAGCACAGAGCUGGGCAUGCUGAGGCAGGACAGGGACAGCUGCAGGAGAGAGCUGAGCCUGCUCAGGACUGAGAUCAGAGAGCUGCAUCAGGACAGAGAGCAGCGUCUAGCAGCACUGACAGCUCUGACAGAGGAGGUGGAGGAGCUCAGAGGAGAGAGAGAGGAGCACAGGAGAGAACUUACCUCUCUCUCAAAGGAGGUGGAGGAGCUCAGAGGAGAGAGAGAGGAGCACAGCAGAGCACUCACCACUCUGUCAGAACAGCCUCAGGAGAGAGGUGGAGCUACACAGGACCUGGAUGAAAAACUAGACCACAACCAGGACCCUGUGAGCAGCCAGGACCCACCAAUCCAAGAACCUACCCCCACUCCCAGCUCCACAUCCAGCCCACAGACCAGCACCUCCCCUCAUUCCACCAGACCAGCACAACAGAGAGAGAAGACAGACAUUGUCCUCCUCAUCGACUCCAAUGGAAAAUUCCUAAAUGAAAAGAAACUUUUCCCCACCCACAACGUGGCUAAAAUCUGGUGUCCAAACACCCACCAUGCCAUAGACCUGCUGUCAGAGGAGCGGCUUGGAUCUCCGAGUCACAUCAUCAUCCACACUGGCACCAAUGAUCUGGAGCCAGCAGGAGAGGACUUCCACCCUGACACCAUCCACAGGAUCAACAGCAGCCUGUCCAGAGACUGUGCACGGAGACCCAAUGUCCACCUAGCCCACCACCCCACCCUGGACAUCAGCUGUCUCUACGACCACGUCCAUCUGUUUAAAAGCACAGUCCCCAUCUUCGCCCAAACACUGAAAAGCGUCGCUCUCAACAGAGACCAAUCCACGGCCCGCAGAAAGAGCACAUCAGCCCACAACCCCACAGAACACCAAGACAUCCUCAACCAACAUCCAGACCAACACAAUGGAGACAAGACCACCUCAGCCCCACCCACAUCAUGUCCAAAUCAGACCCCACAAAGGCAACCAUGA